AUGGCUGAUUCGACACCGGUUACCGAACAAAGCACUAGUGCUCCAAAAUCGAAGAAUGCUGAAAAAAACGAGGCUAAAAGAAAAGAAAAAAUGGCUAAAUUCCUUGCAAAACAAGAAAAAUUAAAAGCAGCAACGACUACAAGUUCCGAAGGGUCAAAAAAAGAAAAAGCUAAAACAAAAAAAGCUCUUGAAUCUCAAGAAUACGUCGAGAACACACCAGAAGGAGAAAAGAAAGACAUGUCUCGGCCGAUGGCGACAGCAUACAAUCCAAGAGCGGUCGAGUCUGCUUGGUAUGCUUGGUGGGAAAAAGAAGGAUACUUCAAACCCGAAUUGACAGCAGAUGGCAAACCUAAAUCUGCUGGUCUUUUCGUAGUUCCUAUCCCACCUCCAAAUGUCACUGGCUCUCUGCAUAUAGGUCAUGGUUUGACCAUUGCUAUACAAGAUUCAUUAGUGCGAUGGAAUCGGAUGCUUGGAAAGACUGUUUUAUACAAUCCUGGCGUGGAUCACGCGGGUAUUUCGACUCAAUCUGUUGUCGAAAAGAAACUUUGGAUUGAAAGCAAGAAAACGCGUCAUGACCUUGGCCGUGAAGAAUUCAUUGAAGAAAUUUGGAAAUGGAAAAAUUUAUAUGGACAUAAGAUCACUGUCCAAUUAAAGCGACUCGGUGGAUCUUAUGAUUGGAACCGUUCAGCCUUUACACUGGACGAGAAACUUUCAAAAGCUGUCAUAGAAACUUUUUGUCGUUUACAAGAAGAAGGAAUAAUUUACAGGGCGACACGAUUAAUCAAUUGGUGUGUGCGACUUAAUACUGCCUUGUCUAAUUUGGAAGUAGAAAAUAAGGAACUAUCAGGGCGCACCUUCUUAUCAGUCCCUGGGUAUUCCGCAGAUGAAAAAUUUGAAUUCGGAGUUUUAACUUCUUUUGCCUAUCCCGUUGAAGAUUCUGAUGAAAAACUUGUUAUUGCUACAACGCGUCCUGAAACCAUGCUUGGAGAUACUGCCAUUGCUGUUCAUCCUCAGGAUCCACGUUAUAAGCAUUUGCAUGGUAAAUACGUGGUCCAUCCAUUCAAUGGACGGCGUCUUCCGAUUAUUACCGAUGACGUAUUUGUAGACAUGGAAUUUGGCACUGGUGCAGUCAAGGUUACUCCCGCUCACGAUUUUAACGACUACGAAGUUGGUAAACGACAUAAUCUUGAAUUUAUUAAUAUUCUUAAUGAUGAUGGAACUGUGAAUGAAAAUGGAGCUCAAUUUGAAGGAAUGAAACGAUUCCAUGUUCGUCGAGCAAUAAUAGAUGCUUUAAAAGAAAAAGGUCUAUACGUAGAAAGUAAAGCCAAUCCUAUGACUGUUCCAUGUUGCGCUAAAUCAGGGGAUAUUAUCGAACCACUAUUGAAGCCUCAAUGGUGGGUUAAUUGCUCAAGCAUGGCAUCGGAAGCAAUAAAGGUAGUGAGAGAUGGAAAACUUCGAAUUCGCCCAUCGACCUCGGAAGGAGAUUGGUUCCGCUGGCUUGAAAAUAUUCGCGAUUGGUGUAUUUCACGUCAAUUGUGGUGGGGACAUAGAAUUCCUGCGUAUUUUGUUAAUAUUGAAGGAAUGCAACAAGACCAAUCGGUUGACACUUAUUGGGUAUCAGGUCGUACUCUCGAAGAAGCAGCUCAGAAGGCAAAAAAGAAAUUUCCUGAUGUCCAAUUUACGCUCGAGCAAGAUCCUGAUGUAUUGGAUACUUGGUUCUCUUCGGGAUUAUGGCCAUUCUCUAUUUUUGGGUGGCCUGAACAGACCAAUGAUUUGUCGUUGUUUUAUCCGACAUCGCUCCUUGAAACUGGAUGGGAUAUAUUAUUCUUUUGGGUAGCUCGCAUGGUAAUGCUUGGCAUUAAACUUACUGGCCAAAUUCCAUUUAGUGAAGUUUUUUGUCAUGCCAUGAUUCGUGAUGCACAUGGCCGCAAAAUGAGCAAAUCCCUUGGUAAUGUGAUUGAUCCAGUUGACGUAAUGGAAGGAAUAUCCUUGGAAAGAUUACAUGCUAAGCUAUACGAAGGAAAUCUUGACCCGCGAGAAAUUGAAAAAGCAAAAACUGGUCAAAAAGCUGAUUAUCCUAACGGAAUCCCGGAGUGUGGAACAGACGCUUUGCGAUUCACUUUAUGCUCUUACAGCACCAAUGAAGCUCGUGAUAUCAAUCUCGAUAUAUCUCUGCUAGAAAGUAAUCGUCGAUUCUGUAAUAAACUUUGGAAUGCAACUCGUUUUGCGUUAAUGAAAUUGGGCGAUGAUUUUAAACCACAAGCAACUUUUCAGAAAACUGGCAGAGAAUCUUUAGCAGAAAGAUGGAUUCUGCACAAAUUGAAUGUAGCGGUAAUCGAAACAAACCAAGCUCUACAUGAACGAAACUUCAAAGAAGCUACCAGAGUAGUACAGGCAUUCUGGCGAGACUCGCUCUGUGACGUUUAUAUUGAAUGGAUCAAACCCUUCUUCUCUGCCGAUGCUGACUUGGAACAUCAAAGAUCUGCCCAAGACACAUUAUAUACAUGUUUGGAAGCAGGUCUUAAAUUACUUCAUCCUUUUAUGCCUUUUGUGACAGAGGAACUAUAUCAACGCUUACCACGGAGAUUAGGGGAUAAUAUACCCACUAUUGUCAAAUCCCAAUAUCCUCUAGAGCAAUCUGAAUAUGAUGAUCCAAAAGCUGAUAACGAAUUCGAAGUCAUAUUAUCAGCAUGUACAACAGCACGAGGAUUAAUAGAUAAAUACAAAAAGCAAACGAAUCCCAUAAAGAAUACCGAAAAAGCGUCGAAUCCAACUAUUUUCAAUACAUAUACAGAAAACAUUCAUUCUUUAAUUAAAGGUGCAAAAUCUGUCCAAGUAAUCCCAAAAGCUCAGUCGCUUCCUGUAGUUAAUGAGACAAGAGAGACAACGUUAGAGAUAAAAAUCUCUAUUGGAUUCAAUUAG